AUGAGUGACACCGCGCAUUUUACUCGUGUGAAGGCCAUCCCCGAGACACUGAACCCCAUUACAGGACGGAGUGUCUAUUAUGGGAUGCGGCCGUGGCGGUGCGACGAUCGAUUUCAAGAUUGGCUCAAAUCUUUCACGUGUUUUGACUCAGUUAGCGUGCAAUACAACCUGCUGAAGCUCUUUUUUCAGUGUGCCAGAUCCGAAGAAGGACAGGAGCCUAUCGACAACUACCAUAGACUCGGUCGAGGGGAGGUUAUGUAUUACGUGGAGCGUUACCGCAGUGGCAUGAUGCGGACUGGGGUCUGGGAGACAUACCCGUAUGACCAAAAUGAGCUCCGUCGGGUCGCAGAGGAGGAUGGAUUGAAAAUGCGAGUUUGGCGUCACCAGCGGGAACUUGAGAUGGAGUCGAAGGAGGGCAAGAUUGAUGAUGUGCUGCAGAUGAAUGUCAUGCGGCGGGGCAAGUCCUGA